AUGUCCGCGUGCCCGGCACCGGCAGUGGCCACCUUCCUCCUCGUCGCCCUUCUCGCGUGCUGCUGCCAGGCCGCACGAGCCAUCCGGACGCACGGCGGCGGCGGCUAUGUCUCCGCGGUCGGGGACCCCGGCAUGCGGCGCGACGGCCUCCGCGUGGCCUGGGAGGCGUGGAACUUCUGCAACGAGGUCGGCCAGGAGGCCCCCGGCAUGGGCAGCCCCCGCGGCGCCGACUGCUUCGAUCUCGAGACGAGCUCCGAUGAGCACGGGCAGCCAGUGUACUCGGUGGCGCACCUGGUGAGCGACGCCGACAACAGCCUGGGCGCGGGCGACCCGUUCCCGGGGUCCCCGCCGGGCGCGGCCCGCAUCACCGACGCCGACCUCUACGCGCCGGCGAAAGAGCUCUACCUCGGCGAUCGCUGCCAGGUGGCCGACACCCCGGCGCCGUGGCAGUUCUGGAUGGUCAUGCUCAAGAACGGCAACCUCGACACCACCGCCGCCAUAUGCCCCGAGAACGGCCGCCCCGCGCGCCCGUUCCCGCAGACGUCCCGCUUCCCGUGCCCCGGUGGAGCCGGCUGCAUGAACCAGCCGCUGGUGUUCCACAACCGCACCGCGCUGGACGACGCCAGCCGCUGGCUCCGUGGCGGCCUGUUCGGCACCUACGACCUGGACGCCGACAACCGCCUCGGCGCCGACGACGUGUCGUUCUACUCCGUGACGUGGGAGAAGGAGGUGGCGGCGACCGGCGGCGGCGGGUGGGCGUUCCACCACAAGCUGCGCACGUCCAGCAAGUACCCGUGGCUGAUGCUGUACUUGCGCUCCGACGCCACCAGGGGGUUCUCCGGCGGCUACCACUACGACACCAGAGGCAUGACCAAGCAGGUGCCGGAGUCGCCGGACUUCAAGGUGCGGUUGACCCUGGAGGUGAAGCAGGGCGGCGGGCGCAACAGCCAGUUCUACCUGAUGGACAUGGGCAGCUGCUGGAAGAACGACGGGCGCGCCUGCGACGGCGACACGGCGACGGACGUGACCCGGUACAGCGAGAUGAUCAUCAACCCGUCGACGCCGGGGUGGUGCUCGCCGUCGCGGAUCGACCAGUGCCCGCCGUGGCACACGUUCCGGAACGGCAGCCGCGUGCACCGCACCGACGGGGCCCGCUUCCCCUACGGCGCCUACCACGUGUACUGCUCCCCCGGGAACGCGGCGCGCGCGGAGAAGCCCACCACCUACUGCGACCCCUACAGCAACCCGCAGGCGCAGGAGAUCCUGCAGCUGCUGCCGCACCCCGUGUGGGGCGAGUUCGGCUACCCGACGGCGAAAGGGCAGGGCUGGAUCGGCGACCCCAGGGCGUGGGAGCUCGACGUCGGCGCCAUGUCGCACGCGCUCUACUUCUACCAGGACCCUGGCACGCCGCCGGCCAGGAGGCAGUGGACGUCGCUCGACGUCGGCACGGAGAUAUACGUCAGCGACAAGGCCGAGGAGGCGGAGUGGACGCUCAGCGGCUUCGACGUCCUUGUGCCGGACAAGUGUAUCAAGUCACAGCAACAGGCCACCAACAGCUGCUGGUAG